AUGCAUCACCUCGUCAUAAUAAUUACUCUAUACCUCUCGGCCUUGGUAGCCGGAGGCGGAAUCUUGUCGAAGCCCAAGCAACCUCCAGCCGAUGAAGGUAUACCCAUGACAGACAUGACGUCUGACUCUUCCGGGGGCAUAUCCAGAACGAACAACAACGUCAACAACAAAGGAGCAUUACAUGACGAAUGCCGCUAUCUCAAGGUCAAGGUAACCUCACCCGAAGCAAGAGCAACGGCCGCAGCGCAGGAUGCCGCCAAAAAACCACGAAAGGGGCCCACUACGAUCACAACCCCCUAUCGCCAGGUCCUACUGACAGCCGAUUGCCGUCGACCGAUGUUAGACCCCAAGAAAGCACUCCCGGACGGAGACUGGAGAGAGACAACGCUGGACUUGGACAAGUGCGUUGGUUGGAAUGCACAGACACAGAAGUUGACUCCGGAGUCGGAUGGCAAGGGACUCAUGAAGGGUGACUGCUGGAAUUGCGAUUAUUUUACUCAAGUCAUGGGCAACCCUUCUAAAGGGGAAUUCGAAUGUUACUGCGAUAAUGUGGAGAAUAAAUCGAAGCAUAAGAUUCCCCACUCGAAGGAUAAGUCGCUUAAGGUCAAGUUUGAUCUUGAUUCUGUGCUGUGGGCAAGGGAUGGCCGUCUCAAUUGCCAUAAGCAUAUGGGGUCCUGA